UGUUUUCGCGGCUGUGAGCCAACCUUCGAUUUCCCCUCAUAUAUACACAAAUCCAGCGGCUGAUUUUGAUUUACACCGCCCCGAAUUUCGCGCAAGAUUUUUUUCUAUUCUCUCUCUCUCAUCGUUUUUCUUCUCUCGUGUUGGAUUAGAUACUCGGAUCAUCUCAAACAGUUAAACCCUAGUUGUGAGCUUUCUGGGUUUUUUGAUUGUUAGCUGGGUUAAUUUUUUGGGUGUUGUAUCAAAAUGGUGGGUGAAAUGGAGGCGGUAAAAAUUGAGAGGAAGGAGGAGGAAGAAGAGGGUGGUGGGAGCUCCACAGAGGUGGUGAGCUGGGGGAACUAUCUCCCCACCAAUGUGCUGAGGGUUCUAUUGGUUGAAGCCGAUGACUCUACUCGUCAGAUUAUCACUGCUCUUCUUCGAAAAUGCAAUUACAGAGUUGUUUCGGUUUCUGAUGGAUUGAGGGCGUGGGAGACGAUAAAGGUGAAGCAUAAUAAGAUAGACCUUAUUCUGACUGAGGCAGAGUUGCCAUCGAUAUCUGGAUUUGCGCUUCUUACUUUGGUGAUGGAGCAUGAUAUUUGCAAGCACAUACCUGUUAUAAUGAUGUCGUCUCAAGACUCUGUGAAUAUGGUUUUGAAGUGCAUGCAAAAAGGGGCCGCCGACUAUCUGAUUAAGCCGGUCAGGAGGAAUGAGCUGAGGAACCUUUGGCAACAUGUGUGGAGAAGGCACACUCUAGCUAGUGGACAAGCUCCGCAGAACUUAACAGUUUCACAACAAAAGGUUGAAGCCACUUCGGAAAAUAAUGCAGCAAGUAAUCAUUCAAAUGACUAUGCAGCUUGUACGCGCAAAACUAAGGGAUUCAGUCAGAAAGCAAGUGAUGCCCAAAACUCCUGUACAACUCCUUACUUGGAAGCUGAAAGUGCAUGCAUUCAAAAUAUGCAGGAUAUAUCGCAGCUAAAGUAUGGCAGUGCUUCUAAUUUGAGCAAUACAGAUAUUGAAAUGCUUGAAGAUUGUGAUAGAUUGGACAAUGAAUCUGUUGUGCAUGAGAGUGAAACUAAAGAGAAUUCAGGUACAUUUGGGUCAGAUAUUGUACCUUUGGAUGAAGCACUUAACUCAGUUGCCUCAAGACUCAGAGAGGAAAAUGUUUCUGCUAAACCAAUGGUUCAAGAUGAAGGUAUCCAAGCAGAAAUUUUUGAAGAAAAAGCUAAAACUGCUAGUGGCACUCACAGCUUCCAAUGUGAGGUUGAACCCUCAGUUGGGGUCAGGGACUUGCUUUGCACCUUUGACAAUUGGCCCAACUGCAACAUUGGAAGUUCUAACAGAAAAGAUGAUGGUAUGAAGCACUUUGGAUUGGAACUGUCUUUAAGAAGUUCGGAUGGUUCACACAAGGAAGUGACUGAGGAGAGGCCUGCACUGAAACAUUCUGAUGCCUCUGCCUUUUCACGGUAUAAUAAUAGCAAGGGACUGCAACCCCUUUUCCUGACAUUUCCCAGUACAAAAUCGGAGGAUGCAAGCAAUUCACAUGAUAGACAGGACAAUAUGGUAAACUUUGUUGAUGGUCAAACUGAGCAAGCUGAUUCAUCCAUCCAAGGCCCUCAACUUGGGGUGUUUCCUGUCACUAGUGUAAGGUCUGAUAAUAUGUGUGCUGGAUACAGUCAUUAUUUCCCAUCCUUGGUUCUUGGACAAUCCGAUUUGACCCCUAUGUUCAGUAUCAAAUCAGUUGGCCAGAGCACACAAUCCACCUUUCACUCAGAACAAGGUUAUGACGAGUCUGAUAAAACUACCGAUAAAUCUAUUGACCAAACCCUGCAUGAGCAGAACAAACUGGAGAAUGUGGAGCAUUUGAAACCUGGUUCUCCUGCGGCUUCUCAGAGUGGUUGUAGUAGUUUAGGCAAUGGUACUGUUGAUAAUCAUAUUAGUGGCAGCGCAUAUGGAAGCAUUUGCAGUAGCAAUGAUGGAAAGGCCAGUUUGGCUGUAGCAGGUGAGAUGGCCACAGCUUCUGAGAGUUUGAAUGACAGUGGUCGCUAUGUUCGUGAGGGAUCUGGAGUGGAUUCUCUUCGUUCCAGCCAAAGGGAAGCAGCUCUGACCAAGUUCCGACUGAAGCGGAAAGAUAGAUGUUUUGAGAAGAAGGUUAGAUACCAAAGUCGGAAAAUACUGGCAGAGAAGCGGCCAAGAGUGAAAGGUCAAUUCGUGCAUAGAGCUCAUACUGAUCCUCCAACUGCCAAUGCUGUUGGUUCAUGAUACGGAGUUCGCGCAUCUUCCUGUGAAUGCCUUCAUCUUAGGUUGUGCGAUGAGGGAUUCUUUGUAUUCUUAAAGCUUUUGUAAAGAGUAGAAUGACAGUCACGGUGAGUGCUGAAGACAGUUGCAAGUGUCUUCAGCAUUGCUAUUGAUUUUGAGUCCUUUUUAACACUAUUUUACCUUUAGGAAAGAGGUAGUGUUGUAAUUAUGUAGGUAUUGUCAGCUGAGAAAAGUUUCUGUAUCACCGCUACUACACAAUGAGUUCUCUAUGUAUUUAGAUUCGUGAUCGUAGUCUGGAAAGUUUGAUGGUA